AUGUCCACCGCCGAGCUCGCUUCCUCCUACGCUGCCCUCAUCCUGGCCGAUGAAGGUAUUGAGAUCACCCUCAACACCCUCAUCUCCGCCGCCAAGCUCGAGGUUGAGCCCAUCUGGACUCAGCUCUUCGCCAAGAAUCAAAGGAACCUUUGUCUGACUCGUCGCGUGUCCCACAGGNCUCUCGAGGGCAAGGACGUCAAGGAGCUCCUCCUGAACGUCGGCUCCGGCUCUGGUGCCGCCGCCGCCCCCGCUGGUGGUGCUUCCGCCGGUGGUGCCGCCGCUGAGGACGCCCCCGCCGAGGAGAAGGCCGAGGAGAAGGAGGAGUCUGACGACGACAUGGGCUUCGGUCUUUUCGACUAA